GACGAUUUUGAUGAUUACGUUUAUUAAAAUCUAUUGUGUAUUUGACUAUUUGUGUUAAAAAUCGUAUUUCGCGUUCGUGUCGUGAACCGACUGGACAUAUGACGUUUUGACGUUAUCGCCGUGAAACAAACCGAAAAUAUUGUUAUUAAAAAACAACGGAUAGUUUUAGUCUUAUCGUAGUUGUGGAAUAUGGGUUAGUACUUAGUAUUCAAAUUCGAUCGAAUUAUCGGCCGUAAUACAAUCUGAAUUAUUGUUAAUUUAUAAACCGUUCGUCGUUUAAGAGUUGAACCGUUUUAUGGUCGAUGUUACUUACGUUAUUACAUUAAUUGCUCGUACCUCAUAGCUCAGUUGGCACUGGGUAGCGACCAAAAAUGGCAGACCAUAAUUAUUGUGAUAAUGAGAAUGUAUUAAAAUUCACUGAACCAUCUAUUAGUGACAAUUAUGAAUCAAAAUGUAUAAUAUCCAUGUCAGAUGAUCCUGAGUAUGGAGAAGUACCUAAAUCUGGCCCUCAAACAAAGCUUAAAUCAAAAAUAAAAUCGGAACAAUCUCAUUCCACUUGGUCACCAGUUCGCACUGCUCCAGGUUUACGACCAAAUUGCACAAUAUUUUAUGAUGGAAAUGGAUUUGCCUACCACAACCAUAAAAUUGCAAAUAACAAAAAGUAUUUAAAAUGUACACAAAAAAGUAUUAAAAAGAAACCAUGUCCAGCUAGAGCAGUUAUUAGAAAUCAUGACAACAUGAUUCGCCAUUCAGGAGAACCGCACACACAUAAACCAAGAAACUAUGAUGAAGAUUUAUUAAAAAGAAACUUUUUGAUGACAAUUAGAGAAAGAGCAAUCAAUGAAAACACACCUAAUAGAGCAAUUUUUGAUGAAGAAAUAAAAAAAACACCAAAACUAAGAGGUAAAGUUACCUUUUCGAGUACUGCAAGAAGGAUGCAGAGAUUUCGUCAACCACAAAAAAUGCAAGGUCCAUUAUUUCCUAUAGAAGAUAAUGAACUCAUUGAUGCAAUAAAUGAUUUUAAAAAUAUUCCUCUUGAAGAAAGUUCUGCUAAUAAAGAUAAGAAUGUUACUAAUCAAGAGUGUAAACCUAAUAUAUUGUUUGAUGCAGAGAAUCAUAUGGAAGUGAUAGAAAUAGAUGACAUUGAUAUUGAAAGUAAUGAAUAUACUGAUGAGACUGAAAAUGAAGCUUUCAAUGAAAAAGAUGGCAAGGAAAAUGUUUCUAACAGUAUUGAAAAAAUAACAGAUAAAACUGUGAAUAUGUUUUGUUGUAUAUAUUGUAAUAAGUGGCAAGAACCUCAAAUUUUUGAGUUUGUACCUAAUCAAAAAACAAAAACAAUUGAAUUAAAAGAAAAAGUAGAGGAAAAAAAUGUAAUGCCGCCUAUUAAUCAUUCUAGUCCAGUACCAACAGAUAAUUCUUCUGAAAAUAGACAAAAUAGUAAUCAAACUUCUACUCUUGAAUAUUCUGAAGUUCAUGAAGAUAUAUCUCAAAAUAAUGAUGAUAAUAAAGUUAUAUGUAAACAAGUUUGUGAAGAUAUAUCUCAAAAUAAUGAUAAUAAUAAAGUUACAUGUAAACAAAAAAAUGAUAAUGUUGAUAGAGAUAUUGAUAUUCCAGAAACUGCUAUUUCAGAUACUCCAGAAUUAUGUAAACCAUCUAGUCUAGAAAAAAAAAAAAAAGUCGAACGCAAAUUAGGAUUUUUACAAAUGCGAAUUGAUUCAACAAUAUAUUUUGAUAAUAUGGGUUAUAGUUACCAAAUACAAAAUGAAAAAAAUGACAAAAAGUACUUAAGAUGUGUUGUUUGGGGUAAAAAGAAAUGUCCAGGACGAGCCCAUUUAAACAUAAAAACAUUGAAUAUUAUUAGAUCUAGAGGUCACAAUCAUUUACCAUCAUCUAAUUGCGACGCUGAAAAACAAGCUAGAGCUUUUUUGCAUGCUAUUAAACAAAGGGCUCAAGAUGAAAAUACUCCCUUAAAAACUAUUUAUACAGAAGAAAUAAAGAACUUUCCUCUUGCUAAUACUGUGGUUAAUUAUGCAAAUGCUACCAGACGAAUGCAACGAACAAGGAGAUUAAAAAAUCAACCUAGUACAACAUCUCAAAAAGAACCACCAUUAUUAUUAUCUGUUCAAGUGAUACCAGGUACUCGGCGUGGUACAUCUUUAUAUUUGGAUGAACUAGGUUAUUAUUACCAUAAUGAUACACUAACCAACAGUGGAAAAAUAGUAAGAUGUACCAAAAAUAGAAAAACAACAACUGAUGAAGCAUGUCAUUCAAGAGGAUAUAUGCGUGCUUCUGGAGAUGGAUUUGUCAUUUAUAGAACUAAAGAGCAUAACCAUCCGCCAGGAGAUCUAAAGAGAAAUCCACUAGAAAGAUCAUUCAUUAAUACCUUAUGUGAACGGGCGCGAAAUGAGCUUCACUUGGGUCUCAAAGAUAUUUACAACGAAGAAGUUGAAAGAUUUCCUGACGUAGCAGAUAAAAUCCCUUAUCGAAUGGCAUGGCGAAGUAUGGCUAGAACAAGACAACCUCCUAAACCAUCUGGAGAAGUUAAACUAGUUAAUGUAAAGGUUAUUUCAGGAAUUUGGGAUGGAUAUACACUAUACAGAGAUGAAAUAGGAUUUUUAUAUUCAAUGAGGAAAGGAAGAAAAUUUGCGUGGUGUCAAAUGAAUACAAAAUUAAAAUGUUUAGUUAAAGGUUCAAUAUUAGUUGAGAAUGAUACUACAAUGUUGGAGUUUACUGGAGAACAUAAUCAUCCACCAUUGGGAGAUGAUGAGUUUCAAGCAGCUAUAUUUCUUGAAAAAAUAAUGCUUAAAUGUCUGGAAGAUGAUAGUAAACCAAAGAAAUUGUAUGACGAAGAACUAGUCAACUUUCCUGGUGUUGAAAAACGUGUAACAUUGUCAUACGCACGCGAAAAAAUAAAAGCUAGAAGAAAAAGUGCUUUGAAAAAAAAUACAACACACGAAAUGUUAGAAACUAUUUGUGAACCAUUGCAAUAUGUUGAAUUUUGGGAUGAUGACCAUAUCUCUAUUGAUGAUGAUCAUAACGCAAUUGAUGAUGACUUUACUGAAGAUGUUUACUCUGAAGAUGAAGAUUUUAGUGAAAAACCCAAAGAUUCUGAUGAUAUAUACUCGGAUGAACAAGGAUUCAAAUUUACUAUAGUCAGUAUAAAAAAUGAAACUAGAUAUUUAGAGUGUAUUAUGAAAUAUAAUGGAUGUGAUGCCAAAGGAGAAAUGUUUAAAGGUGAAAAUGAUGAAUGGCUAUUUGUUCUUCAUAGCUAUCCCCAUAACCAUUUACCUGAUGAAGAUCAAUCAAAUAAUUAAGAUUGUUUUAUCUACUAUUUUCACUAAUAUAAUAUCUUAUUAUUUUUUUUUUUUUUUGCUUAUA